AUGGUGGUGAUGUGGUGCUUUGACAUGUGGUCUACUCGUUAUCUUGGAAGCAGCAAUUUUUGCGGAGGGCUAUCAUCUUCUUGGGGAACUCCAUCCUAUACACUUUCUGUUGUGCAGUUUAUAAUGACUUACUCCAGACAUGCACAGUUCUACACUGCAACAUUGUUUUCUGUCAACAGAAUGACAGCUGUAUUGCUUCCCAUAGUUUAUAAAGAGAGCUCGGUAACGUUCACAACUGUUUGCGUGGCGCUGAUCUGCGCAGUUACCAUACUGGUCUGUUCUACAAUUACUUACUUCAAGCUUACCCAUAGGAGAAGCACAAUCCAUUGCACCAAAAUAGACAGAGUUCUACUCGUGGUAGGCCUGUCCUCGUCUCUAACCACAUUGACAUUGGCUUUGAUAGAGGUACCUUUAUAUAUUGCCAUCAAUUUUCGUACGAUGUCUCGGGAUUAUUUCUUCAUUGCCACAUGUAUCAAACAAUGCGUGAUUGAUCUCACUUUUGUGUUCUCAGCGUGGUCAACUGUUAUUCAAAGCUCAACCAUUAGAUCAUCAAUCAUCAGACUGUAUUCACCUCUCUGUGAAAAAAUACUAGCGGCUUGGAUCAGAAACAACAACAUUGCCGUAAAUUAUGCAAUUCCAGCGAGUCUGCUCUCAGGAUAA